AGUUGGUGCGUGUCAUCCGAACCGGCAAAAUGGUCGGACCCCGAGUUACGCGUCGUUGUCUCUUGUACUAUAUCGUGUUCGCCGCGGCCGCCACGGCCACCGGUGGUGCCGACGGAUCUGUGUACGAAAAGAUACCCUUGGGGGCGAUCUUCGAACAGGGCUCCGACGAGGUGCAGACCGCCUUCAAGUUCGCCGUGCUCAAACACAAUCAGAACAACACGGCCAGGCGAUUCGAACUGCAGGCUUACGUGGACGUCAUUAAUACGGCAGAUGCUUUCAAACUAUCCCGGCUAAUUUGUAACCAAUUUUCUCGAGGCGUGUACUCCAUGUUGGGAAGCGUGAGCCCCGACUCGUUCGAUACGUUACAUUCCUACAGCAAUACAUUUCAAAUGCCAUUCGUGACGCCAUGGUUUCCCGAACAGGUAUUGUCCCCGUCGUCGGGAAUGUUGGAUUAUGCGGUCAGUUUGAGACCAGACUACCACCAAGCCAUUCUGGACACGGUUCGAUAUUACGGUUGGACAAGCAUCAUAUACAUGUACGACUCGCACGACGGGCUUCUACGACUGCAACAACUUUACGAGGCUCUGGACUUAAGACCGGACAGCCUAAAAGUGGAAAUGGUAAAACGCGUUCAAAACGUUUCUGACGCAAUGAACUUUGUGCAUCAAAUCGAACGAGCCGACAGAUGGGGCAAAAAAAGAAUUAUACUCGAUUGCCCAACGCAACUUGCAAAACAAAUAGUCGUAUCACACGUGAAGGAUAUUCAGCUGGGAAAAAGAACUUAUCAUUAUUUGCUAAGCGGAUUGAUUAUGGACGACCAUUGGGAAACCGAAGUAGUCGAGUACGGGGCUAUCAACAUAACUGGAUUUAGAGUGUUGGACGUUAACCAGCGAGCAGUUAAACACUUUCUGUCGGAAUGGAAAAAACUCGAUCCCAGCGCUUCACUGGGAGCAGGAAAAGAUACGAUUUCUGCGCACGCCGCUCUGAUGCACGACGCCGUCCUGGUGCUGGUGGAGACGUUCAACAAGCUGCUGUGGAAGAAACCGGACACGUUCAAGUCGACCACCAAGCGGACUCUGGUCAACGGCAACUCGUCCAGCAUUUCGUCGUCUCAGAUUUCUGGGCCGGACUGCAAUGCUGGCCACGGUUGGGUCAACGGUUGGGAGCACGGAGACAAGAUAUCCCGGUACUUGAGAAAGGUGGCGAUAGAAGGACUGACCGGGCCAAUAAUGUUCAACGACGACGGGAAACGUUACAAUUACACUCUACACGUGGUACAAAUGACAAUAGACAGUACCAUAACCAAAAUUGCCGAAUGGUCGGAUACAGAUGGCUUUAAAACUGUCAUUAGCAAACCGGAAAGGGUUCAGUCGUUGGGUCAUCCGCAUAAAGGCAACGGCACAUUGAUCGUGGUCACGGCAGCGGAAGAGCCUUUUAUGAUGUUGAAAAAAUCUGGAGAACCUUUAACGGGAAACGAUCAGUUCGAAGGAUACUGCAGAGAUCUGACUACGUUGCUGGCAGAAAAAAUUGGAAUAAAAUAUGAGUUUCGAAUAGUCAAAGAUAACAAAUACGGUGUAGAAAACCACGACAUGAAAGGCGGAUGGGACGGCAUGAUCGGAGAAAUAAUUAGAAAGGAAGCCGACUUGGCGAUAGCGCCUCUGACUAUCACGGCGGAACGGGAGAAGGUGGUGGAGUUCAGCAAGCCAUUCAUGUGGACGGCUUUGAACAUUAUGGUGAAAAAGCCGACCAAACACAAACCUGGAGCGUUUAGCUUCCUGACACCCAUGUCCCGUGAAGUGUGGAUCAGCGUGGGAUUUGCCUAUAUUGCCGUCGUGAUCGUCAUGUAUGUGGUAUCAAGAUUCUCGGCCCAUGCCGCGGCCGCUGCCCAUGUCAGACCCGUUACCUACGGCCUCAGCGGAAGCGGUAGCGGCGGAGCCCACGAACUUCAACAGACCAUCCCCCCGCCGCCGCGGUUCGUCCACAAUCCUUUCACGCUGGCCAACAGCAUGUGGUUUGCCGUGGCUGCCAUCACACAGCAAGCAUGUGACAUCGCACCCAGGACUAUGCCGGGUCGUAUCGUCGGAGCGUUUUGGUGGUUUUUCACCGUCAUACUGAUAUCGUCUUACGUGUCCAACUUCACCGCCUAUUUGACCCUGCAGAAGUUAAACUUGCCCAACGAAGACUCAGCCGCACAGACCGAAGUCGAAUACGGCGUUCUUUCCCACGGAUCUACGCGGGAUUUUUUCAAAAGGUCGCAGAGCUCGCUGUACGGCAAAACUUGGCAGUACAUGAACGCCAGGAAGCCCGUGUUCGUGGACACAUACGACCAAGGCAUCCGGCGGGUGCGGAACUCCAACGGCAAGUUCGGUAUGCUCAUCGAGUCGCCAAAAGGGGACUACACCAACCAGAGGAAACCCUGCGACACCAUGUACACCAGUCGUCACCGGGACGUCAAGGGAUACGGCGUGGCCAUGCCCCUGGGAUCGCCUCUCAGAAAUCGAAUAAACGCCGCCAUUGCGCAAUUGUCAGAGAGCGGUGAACUGUCGAAGCUCGAAAGCAAAUGGUGGGAAGACAGAGACGAGUGCGGCUAUGAAGCGAAGGAGUCCUUCCGGUACGCCGAGUUGACGUUAAACAACAUCGCCGGUAUAUUCUACAUACUGGUGGUGGGUCUGAUCGUCGGCAUCGCCGUGGCGCUUUUCCAGUUCUGCUACCGGAUGCAUUCGGAUCAAGCCAACUCCAAGUUUCAGCUUCCCGAUGCCGUGAAAACCGUCAACAAAUACAAGAACAGGCACGACCCCGAGAACGGAAUCAGGGAGACUCCGGUCGACAUGUGCCGAGUCAUCGGUACGUAGAACCAGACAAACACAUGUCCUCGCUGUCUACUAAAAUGUCCCGGCACUGAUUUUUGAUGAUAAACAGUACACUCCUAAACGGGACACGAUGUACAUAAUAUUAUGGAAAACCCUACAAGCUUAGUAUAUAGGGAUUCGGUUUUCGGAUUUGGACGAGGAAAAACGUGUAAGCCACUGGCCGUAUAGUUGUAAUUAUUGUUGUUUAUAAUCUGUUUGUAAAUUGAUAUCUUUUUCUAUCUUGUGUUAUGUAUCAUUAUUAUUAUUAAGUGUUUAACAGAGGUUCUCUCUUUCUCUAUCUCGCAAUGUACAGUAACAUUAUAUAAAAAAAAAAAAAGUAUAUUUGUUUUUUUUUUAAUUUCACGUCAGUAAAAAAAUAAAAAAUUGAAAAAAGAGAAUAUUUUUUUUUUAUAGCCACAUACCCUCCGUGUUAAAUAUGUCUAAAACAAUAUCAUCAGUCAAACCCCUGUCUAUAUAAACGUCUAAUCGUUUUAUUGAUGUUUCCUUUUCUUCUGAAAGUUUAUAUAGAUGAAAUAUUACGUUAUUAUUUUUUCAACGAACAUGCAUGUAUAUUAAUAUUAUAUAAUACA